GGUUCAUAAUAUAAUAAUUGGCAUGUAGACUAAUUUAACUUAGGUGGCACGUUUUUUUUCGCACGUUAAGUAUAAUAUAUCAUUAUAUUGGAUAAAAUCGGUUAUAACUAAUAAUGACCGCYGAAGCUAAGACCUGCACCAUGGACGCCAUCAACAAGGGCGUACAUCUAUCAGGUGCCGUGCUCUUUACUUAUUCACUAUACUAUUAUUAUACCUACGUCAACAUACCAGCUCGUCUUAACCCCUUGGAUGAGGCCUUCGGCGGGAAAUUCAAAUAUCUAACCUUCUGCAAUAUGGUCAUUCAAACGAUUUUUUACCUGUACGCAGUGUUUGUCGAUCAUAUCGCCGUGCGCACUUGCUCUGUCGUCACGUCAGAGUCGUUGAAAAGGAGCAAACACAAUUUUUUCACAAUUUUUGCAUUUCCACUGUCGAUGGUAAUAUGCAUUUACAAGAGUGGCAUGUGGGUUUACCCCAUUCUUGCAAAAUUGAAUUUGCCAUUGCGAGUGAUGUUCUUUACGGGAUCUUUUUUAUAUGCUCCAAUUACGUAUUUAGUUGGUGAAUAUAUGAACAAUGCAUACUGGGGCGUUCGUUCUUCAAAUAAAUCAAAUAGUUCGAAGAGAGAAUAAAAC